UUUGUAUGUAGACAAACAUUGGGGCUACGUAGAGCCUACUUUUAUUUGAAGUCUAUUUCAUAUUAUGUAGCCCUAUUAAAAAUAGCCAAAAGACUGCAGUUAGUGCUGCCAUGCGACGACUAUAUUACUGUGAUAUGUCAUUCCAAACCAAGAUGCGCCAUCUUGGGCCGUAGACCCACCAAUUGGAGUGUGAAUGCUCUAGAAUAGACCCUAGUACAAUAAUAUUAGCCUGGAAUGUAUAAAUAUGAGUCUCUGAUUUGUAAUAAAGCUCUGCUAGCAAAUGCCUCCUGUAAACACUCUUGAAGGAUGGACAAAAGCAUUGCCUAUUAAUAUUUGACUCCUAAAUCUGGAUAAAUGCUACUGCAGGAGUUCAGAGAAUUCUUUGGGAAGUAACCAAGAGCAUUCUCUCUUUCUUCAGAAUUGCUUGUUUAAUUAUCUUAAUUUAAAAUACUGGCGAAUUUGUAUUUGGGUAAAAAAUCCAAUGAAAUUACUAAAGGGCUUUAAUUAUUCAAAUAUUUUGCCUCUGAAAUACCAUAUUGAGAUUUCAGGUUUCUACUGCAAGUAAUUUUUAUGCUAAUUAAACAAAUUUAUAUUAAACCACACAGAUAUGAAAAAGAGCAGUGGGUAAAUUCAAUUAUGCUGUCAAAUAGAUAUGCAUUAGCCAUCCCUAAGCAUGAUGAGUAAGUCAAAAACCUCUUGGCUCCCUUCUGGGCCCAACACUGUAGUUUUUAUCCUCUCCAAUAAACUUAAUGAACGGGCUUUAGGAACCCUAAAAUUCAGGCCGACUCAAGAGAUAAUGCUUUAAUAGCCGAAGGAAAAAGAUUGGAAUUAUACAGUGGGACCUAAGGAUUUUUGUGGUUUGCCUGCUGUUCUUCUAAAUGCUAACUGUGCUAGCCUAAUACUCUUAUUUCCUUCCUUUAGCUUGGGUGUUUCAGAAGUUAUUCACCUUGCAAAAUGUCAGGAAAAUCCGUUGACUUCUAAAAUAAAAUUCUGAAUUUGAUUGUGUUUCUUACACAAUAUUUUCAUUCUUAAAGAAUGCCACAGAGAAUGCGAAAAUUUUGAGAGCCAACAGAUUCGAUACUUACGAGCAGGUAAAUUUGACAAUUUUUAGAAACCGGGAUUAACUUCCAUACUGACAAAGAACAUCUUAGAAUUUUGAAAAGAUAAAACCUUCGGUCAGUAAAAAUGUACGUUGAGGAUUUGUUAAUUCAGACUCAAGUCUGAUGAUUCUCAGGCUUUUUGAUUCCUAUUUGCACUCUGUCUCGAACAGCCUAGGCUUC